AUAAUUCAUUCUCUUUUUUUUCUGUGCAGCUGGGGCAUCCUGUUCUCGCAUCCGUCGGACUUCACCCCAGUCUGCACCACCGAGCUGGGCGCAAUGGCGAAGAUCUACCCCGACUUCGAGAAGCACAAUAUCCGGGUCAUCGCCCUAUCCUGCAACUCCCUCGAUUCGCAUAAGCUGUGGAUCAAGGACAUAAUCGCGUUCAACGACCUGCGUAUGAACGACCUGCCGUUUCCCAUCAUAUCGGACGAGAAACGGGAGCUGGCCGUGCAACUGGGCAUGCUGGACCCCAUCGACAAGGACGCCGAGGGCAUUCCUCUCACCUGCAGGGCGGUGUUCAUCAUCGCGCCCGACAAGAAACUGAAGCUCUCUAUGUUGUAUCCAGCCACCAGUGGCAGAAACUUUCCAGAAUUGUUUCGAGCGGUGGCAUCUCUCAAGCUCACCGAAGAGAAGAAGGUGGCUACUCCGGCCAAUUGGAUGCCGGGUGAGCCGUGCAUGGUGAUUCCGAGCGUGAAGGACGAAGAGAUCCCGCUGCUGUUCCCCAAGGGUGUCACGUCCUACAAUGUGCCAUCGGGCAGAAAGUACAUCCGCGUCACUCCCCAGCCUGACCCAUGACGCGACUGCGAACGGGCUUCGCAUUUCCUGCACCGCAGUCCCCAUAUUCACAGAUAUAUUCAAUUCGCAGAUAUCAAUACAUUUCCUAACGCGUAGAAAACUUCAUAUAACCAGUGCUGUAGUCUGCACACCGUGUAUAACUCUAUGAGCUUGCUUCAAAAGUAUAUCCGCACUGCAAGCAAGCAGAAAUACAUUUGGUUCAUGUACCCGGUGCUACACCGGGCGUCACCUAUAGCGCUGCCUGCUAGCUUCAGAACUACAUGUACAUUAUAUGCAAGCAACCUGGGACUAAAUUUCUUACACGCGCGCCCCAACUCUCACAAGAGACAAGAGAUCAAGUAACGCUAGUGCAAAGUGACUGAUGGUUGCUUAGUGCCUGCGACCUAAACUACGCGGUGGGAAAAGAGAGCUCGGCGUGCACUAGGUUGUUUCGCGAAAUGAAGUAAAAA